GUCCGACAGCGUCAUUAGUUCCACUCUACUAGAACAACAAAAUCAAUUCGCAUUCGCAUUCCAUUACUUCCUUCUAGUCUGUCUUUUCGUAAUUCUGAACAUGUUCCCAGCUCUGCGAUCCACCUCGUCCCGUCUGGGUUUGCGCCUGGUGCGCUGGAACUCGACCGACAGCCCAGUCUUGCCGCCUUUGAUGACCAAGCUCAGAACUGACCUCAAGACUGCUAUGAGGGCCAAGGAUACUCCUCGGCUGAACGUUGUCCGCGCUCUCAUCUCCGAAACCAACAACGCCGCAAAGACCUCCUCUCCGAUUCAAACCGAUAUCCAGCUCCUGUCUCUUAUUCGGAAACGUAUCGCUGCCUCCAAGGAUGCCAUUGAGGAGUUCAAGACUGAGAAUCGCCCAGAGCUUCAAGAGCUUGAGGAGAAGCAGGUGACAGUCUUGGAGGAAUACGGUGCCCAGGUGGAAACCAUGAGCGCGGACGACAUCAAACAAGUUGUCUCCCAGACUCUCUCCAGCAUGAAGGAGGCUGGCCAGAAGGUCGAAAUUGGCAUUGUUCUCAAGUCUCUCUUCGAUGCUGGUGGUGCGUUGGCGGGCAAGCCGGCUGACAGGUCCGAAACUGCAAGAAUUGUCAAGGACGCUGUUACUGCCUUCAAGAAGAACUAAAACUGACAUGUAUAUUACCUCCUGUACGAUUACAAAAACGGCGAUAUGAUGAUACCGAGGUUAAUCCACCGAAGGCGGGGGUUAGACAUGCCGUUUCUGGCAAUAUAUGUAUUAACAAUAAAUGUGCUAAUAAGUGAAUUACGGCAAGUCUAGAAUGCGCUGUUAUGAGAAUGCGAGAUGAUAUAGUGCAG